AUUCACAACGAAGUAAAAUUUGCAACUGUUUCGUAGUUCGAAUCCGAUCCGCAAACCCGAAAUACAUUUCCACAAAAACAAAUAAAUGUCUCGAUGUUGUGAAAAUACAAUGUUGAAGUUAAAAAUAUAAAAGCUUCUAAAUAAAAAGUGUGAGAAACGCAUACCAUGCCCAAAAAGUUUGCAGGCAUCAACAGUAAGGCUGCAGAGGCACGAGCUAGAAAAAGUGCUCAGAAAGAAGAAGAAAAAAUAAAAAAAGCAGCAGCAGCCGAGGAUGAGCUAUGGAAAGAUGAUGAUAAAAAUGUUAAUAGAAAACUACAGAGAAAGGAUGAAAAAGAAAAAAAAAGAUUAGAGCAGCUUGAAAAGAAAAAAGAGAUUCAACAACUUCAUGAUGAAGAAAUGAGUUCAUUAAAGAGUGCGAAACCCACUGCUCCAUCUAAAGUUACUCGUCAUGCAAUAGCUGCUAAUAUUGAAAAACCAAGUAAUAAAACCAAUCCUCGUCGACAUAUCAAUGAUGAAGAUGAUGAUGGUCCACCAAUUGAAGAAAACUUGAAUCGUUAUAUGGUUGAUGGUGAUGAAGCUAGAACAGUAGAGGAAGCUAUUCAAAUUUUAGGAAUAAGUGAACAAGAAGAAUCUGAAAAACAUCCAGAGAAACGAAUGAAAGCAGCCUUUAAGAAGUUUGAAUCUGACCGUUUACCUGUUUUAAAGCGUGAAAAUCCUAAUUUGCGAUUAACACAAGUGAAACAAUUACUUCAGAAAGAGUGGAUGAAAUCCCCAGAUAAUCCUUUGGUUCAAAUGUUAUAAUAAAAAUGACAUUAUAUUUGUACCUUUUAUAAAGGAAAUUUUGUGAAUGUAUGAAUUGAAACUUGGGUUUAAAAUACAAGUAAUUCUAUAUAUUGUUUAUUUAAAUCAAACUAUAAUUUAUAUUUUUCUCUUUUGCAUCUGCACAAGCAAAAAUAAAAAUUGAAGACUUGUUUUGUUGUUUACUGUCACAGAUCAAAACAGAAAUUAUGUAUCUGUUAAAUUUCACCAAAAAGCGGGAGACAAGCAGAUUGUUUUACUAAGUAAAUCAAUCAGAAAAAUAUACUAUAGACCAGGUGAGUGGUGAGGUCUAAAAAAAUAAAUCUUCUUAUAAAUAA